ACACUAUUUUUGACCUGAGCAGAAACUAUCUAUGUCCGUGCAUACGAAGAAAGGAUGGAUCUACUACGAGCAGCCCUUGUCGGUGCUCCUGGAACGCCCUACCAUGACGGGCUGUUCUUUUUCGACAUUUAUCUUCCUCCGGAGUAUCCCUAUGAACCACCUUCGGUGUACUACCAAUCCGGGGGGCUACGCCUCAAUCCCAACCUGUAUGAAUCAGGGAAGGUUUGCUUAAGCCUUCUAAAUACAUGGACAAGUUCAGACACCGAGGUCUGGAAUCCCGGAAGCUCCACAAUUCUACAAAUUCUCUUGUCCCUCCAGGCUCUUGUGCUUAACGAGAAACCAUAUUCCAAUGAAGCUGGAUACAAUAAACAGUUAGGACGAGCUGAGGGGGAGACAAACUCUGUGAGCUACAACGAGAAUGUGUUCCUUGUAACCUGUCAGUCCAUGCUUUAUAUUCUGCGCAAGCCACCCAAGGUAAAAUCUUGCAGUCUAAACAUCUUUCCGGCUCCAUUCGAUGAGUUUGUAAGUAUUCUUUAAGAUAAUUUACAGCAUUUCGAGGCACUUGUCAAGGAGCAUUUCAGUAAAAAUGCUGAAACGAUCUUCUCGGCUUGCAACACAUACAUGGAAGGUGCACGAGUAGGAUGUGCUCUUGAAUGCAGUGGUAACGGGCAUGACGAACACAUCGAAGGAAGUUCGACCGGUUUCAAAAUCAUGCUGGCAAAGCUCCUUCAGAAGCUUGUGGAGGCAUUUUCGUAUCAGGGUAUCGAUUGCAGCCGGUUCCAAG